GCUGAAUAACAGGUUGUUGAUAAAGCUUAUGUGAUCAUGUGUAUCUGAACAUGUUACCGUUCAUCCCCUUUACCCCGAUGAUUCAGUUUGACUCACCAUUACAAGCUGUUGCUACCUAUAAAAAAGCCGAAGUGCCGUUAGCCACUUAUCAGUUCGUGAAGACGCGAUACACCAAGUGAAUCAAGACUUUUCCUUCCUGCAAACAUGAAAUCCUUCAUCUUCCUCUGCCUACUAGUGACCCUCUGCGCCGCACAAAUACGACCACCCUCUAAUGUAUUAGAUCAAGCAGUUCGCGCUAUAAAAACUGCUAAAACCACGGUUCAAGAUGCUAUGUCAGAUAUGAAACGCAAUAGAAGGACCAUUGACAUGAAUACACGAAAUCAAAUUAGCAACAUUCAAUACCAAAGUUUUAAGAAUAUAAACGAUAUUCAAAGCACUCGUCUUAACUAUAUAAAAGAAAAAUCAGAACAAGCAAAGGAAGCAGGCAAAAAUGUUGAUGAUUGCUUAAAUGCUGUUACAAAUAACAUGAGGACUGCCACUCAGACAGGAAAUAGAGAACUUAUAGCAUGCGAAAACAAAGCAAAACAAGAUCUUGAUACACAGUUACAAGCAUUCGACACUGAGGAAGCAAAUGGACAGAAGCUGAUCAAUCAAUUGGACAGUGUUUCUCUGGCGUGCUAUAACUCAAACAUUAUGCAAAUGGCUAAUUGUAUGAUCAUAAAGGUAGGGCUUAUCAAUAUAGAUAUUCGCCAAUAUCAACAAAGGAUUGCACAAGUGGAAAGACAAGUACAAAGCAACAAAAAUAACAUAAUCACAUCACAGUACUCUUGCAAUAAUAAUGCUGUCACUAAAGUUCGUAAUGCAUCCUCACAAGCCAUAUAUGAUGUAACUGAUUGUCUUAAAAACUAAGAUGAAUAAAGCAAAUAAUUGUGUCAUUUACCUUAAGCUAAUGCUUAAUCACUGUCAGAUAUAAAAUAAAAUCUGUAUUUCUGCAUAAA